UUUUUUUAUUUUCUCUCUCUCAGCUCUCUCAGCUCCAGCUUGUUCCGGACCCCCCCGCCCUUACAAGACAGUGAAAGUAUCUCUUUUCUUUCCUUCCUUUUCUCUCUCUCCAAUGCCACCUGAGUUCCUUUCGAUUUCACCCCGAGUUUAAAAAAAUCAUCUGUUUCUCUAUAAUCUCAAUCGAUAGCGAUAGGGCCUACUGUUCAACGGUCCGUCACUUCCUCCCAAGCUCCUCUCUCUCUUUUCUCUCUCAUGGCUACGAUCUCGAACGACGCGCUCUGUUCAUUUAUGGAUAGUGGAGUCGACGCGGAUCCUUUCCAUUUGGGGUUUCACCUUGCGUGAUUUUACUGGAAGUACCUCCUCUCCUGUCUGUGAAGUCUUUUUAGCUACUGUUCAAAGAUCGUCAUCUGCGAGCAAUGGCCUGAAUUAGGUAAUAGAGUUGGAGAACAAUGGCUUGAGCUUGCAUAGUCAGGCUUCUUCUUGUACUUCAUAGCUUUAGAUUUCCUUUUUUUCCCUAAAAUUUAUUUGUGGUAGGCUUGUCCAUGAGUGAGGGUUAGGGUUGUAUCAAUAUCUCUAUAAUUAGAAACAAUACCCCUCCAAAAAAGAAGAAGAAGAAGAAAAGCGACAAGGAAAAGGUCGAUAUGAAGCUUUCAACAUCGGGAUUGAGUCAGCUGGAUGACGAAGGGGGAGAGGAGAAGAAAUGCUUAAAUUCGGAGCUGUGGCAUGCAUGUGCUGGACCGCUGGUGUCCCUACCGACGCCGGGGACUCGUGUCGUCUACUUUCCUCAGGGUCAUAGCGAGCAGGUUGCUGCCACUACUAACAAAGAAGUUGAUGGACACAUUCCCAAUUACCCGAGCUUGCUGCCCCAGUUGAUUUGUCAGCUCCACAAUGUCACCAUGCAUGCAGAUGUGGAAACGGAUGAAGUAUAUGCGCAAGUGACAUUACAGCCUUUGACUAUGGAAGAGCAAAAGGAUACGUUCCUACCUCUGGAAUUGGGGAUUCCAAGCAAGCAGCCCACCAAUUACUUUUGCAAGACAUUGACAGCGAGUGACACUAGUACCCAUGGAGGGUUCUCUGUUCCUCGUCGUGCUGCUGAGAAAGUUUUCCCUCCAUUGGAUUUCUCACAACAGCCACCGGCUCAGGAACUUAUUGCAAGGGAUCUACAUGAUGUUGAGUGGAAGUUUAGGCAUAUUUUUCGAGGACAGCCUAAACGGCAUCUUCUUACUACUGGAUGGAGUGUGUUUGUUAGUGCCAAAAGACUUGUUGCAGGGGACUCUGUUCUCUUUAUCUGGAAUGAAAAGAAUCAGCUGCUUUUGGGAAUACGCCGUGCCACCCGACCACAAACAGUGACACCAUCAUCUGUUUUGUCAAGUGAUAGCAUGCACAUCGGACUCCUAGCUGCUGCUGCUCAUGCGGCUUCAACUAAUAGCUGUUUUACUGUUUUCUAUAACCCGAGGGCUAGUCCAUCUGAAUUUGUCAUACCCCUUUCAAAGUAUGUUAAAGCUGUAUUUCACACACGUGUAUCAGUUGGGAUGCGUUUCCGGAUGCUUUUUGAGACUGAAGAGUCAAGUGUUAGAAGGUAUAUGGGCACGAUAACUGGAAUAAGUGAACUGGAUCCUGUUCGUUGGCCAAAAUCUCAUUGGAGAUCUGUUAAGGUUGGUUGGGACGAGUCAACAGCCGGUGAGAGGCAGCCAAGGGUAUCUUUGUGGGAUAUUGAACCUUUAACAACUUUCCCCAUGUAUCCAUCGAUGUUUCCCCUCAGACUGAAACGCCCCUGGCAUCCCGGGGUCUCAUCUUUGCUUGAUAGCAGGGAUGGAGCUAAUGGGAUGAUGUGGUUAAGGGGGGUAACGGGAGAGCAUCAUGGUCUUAACUCCCUUAAUUUUCAGGGCGUUGGCUUAUUACCCUGGAUGCAGCAGAGACUGGAUCCAACAUUGCUUGGAAAUGAUCUUAAUCAGCAGUACCAAGCUAUGUUGGCUGCUGGUAUGCAGAACCUAGGAAGUGGAGAUCUCCUGAGACAACAAAUUAUGCAAUCUCAACAGCAGCCCUUUCAGCAUCUUCAACAGCGUGAGAUCCAUACUUCACUCUUGCAGCAGCAGCAGCAGCAGCAACACCAACAACAAGAAGCAAUUAACCAAGUAGUACCUCAUAAUGUCCUGCAGGUACAAACCCAGGGUUUAACAGAGAACAUACCUCCGCCCCUUUUAGGGCAACCGCUGAACAAUCAACAAGAGGAACAGGCACGGCAACACCAACAUACUUUUCAGAAUGCACUUAAUUUUCGUAGUGAUCAGCUGCAUCAGAGAAUUCAGACAAAUGUGCCUUCAUCUUUUGCAAAAACAGACUUCAUGGAUCCAAGCACAAAGUUCUCGGCAUCUGUUACUCCUAGACAGAAUAUGGCCAGUUUCUUUUGUCCCGAAGGGAGUAGCAAUUUAUUGAACUUCUCCAGAGUUGGUCAGUCAAUGCUGGCCGAGCAGUUACCCCAACAAUCCUGGGCUUCUAAGUACACACAUUCACAUGUCACUGAUUUUACCCACUCAACGUCUCGCACACCAUAUCCUGGGAAAGAUGCUACUGAAGAGGCAGAGAAUUGUAUUUCUGAUUCCCAUAAUCCUGCACCUUUUGGUGUUAAUCUCGAUUCAUCUGGGCUUCUACUCCCUGUCACCUUGCCUACGUUUGCUACUUCAGUUGAUGCUGACGUGUCCUUAAUGCCAUUAACAACUGCUGGAUUUCAGAAUUCUCUGUAUGGUUCUGUGCAAGACUCAUCUGAGUUAUUUCAGAGCUCAGGGCAAGACCCACCAAUCCCUUCUCGGACUUUUGUCAAGGUUUAUAAAUCAGGGUCGGUUGGGCGCUCACUAGACAUCUCCCGGUUCAGCAGCUAUAACGAGCUGCGGGAGGAGCUGGCUCAGAUGUUUGGAAUUGGGGGGAGGUUAGAAGAACCCCUUAGAUCAGGCUGGCAGCUUGUAUUUGUUGACAGGGAGAAUGACGAGCUUCUCCUUGGAGACGACCCAUGGGAGGCGUUUGUGAAUAAUGUUUGGUAUAUAAAGAUACUUUCACCUGAGGAUAUCCAUACAAUGUGAGAGCGAGCAGGCCCACCACAUGUAUCUCCCAAGGCUAAAUAAUGGUGGUGGUGGUGGUGGUGGUGAAGCUCAAAGAGAGAACUUGUUUCGGGGGUACCAUCUUCUGACAUUCUCGAGUACUGAGGUGGAGAGAAGCAUUCGAUACACUCCCCCAUCACAGACAUUUCAUCAAUUUUAAUCCAAUGGAUCGCCUACUUAUGUUGCCUCUAAAGAGGCCCUUCCUUUAAUUUGUCUCAAAAUGUACUGUAGCACUGUACAAUAAAGUACUGCCCUAAUUUGUCUUAAAAUCCUCUAUUUCUCAAAAAAAGUACUGCCCCCGUCAAACUAUGCUCGUGGUACUGUUAUUGUAAAAACUCUGUUGCGUUUCUUUUAUGGAUUUUAAACGCAGAUAUCCUCAAAGUAUUCUAUGCGCAAAAUAA